AAGAAUACGAGUUUCCGUUUCCGUUUUGAAGGGAAGUGAGUGGACCAAUGAAAUCUAGUUUGGCAAGUUACCUAAACAUUUAGCUACAGCGAUGGACAACGCAAUUUUGGAACCCUCUUUGCUUACAGUUAAGGCAGUCCUUAUUAUGGACAAUGAUGGGGAGAGACUGUAUGCCAAGUAUUACGACGACACAUACCCCUCUGUAAAGGAACAGAAAGCCUUUGAAAAGAACGUCUACAGCAAAACACAUCGAACAGACAGUGAGAUAGCCCUUCUUGAAGGUCUAACUGUGGUUUACAAAAGUAACAUCGAUUUAUAUUUCUAUGUGAUUGGAAGCUCACAUGAAAAUGAGCUAAUGCUAAUGGCAGUCCUGAAUUGUCUGUUUGACUCUCUCAGUCAAAUGUUGAGGAAGAAUGUAGAGAAAAGAGCACUGCUGGAGAACAUGGAGGGUCUGUUUCUAGCCGUGGAUGAGAUUGUUGACGGAGGGUGAGUGGAACUGGAACUGUUACCCUCCCCUGAG